UAUUCGGGUUCCAGCAAAACAAGUUGGGGAGAAGGACAGAGUUGGACAAAUCCUCAAUUUUCUAGCACUUGGAGAUACGACAUUCACUGUAAAUUAGCACCCAGUGUCUGCACAACUCAUUUAAAAUUAGGUUUAACUAUUUAUUGCAAAGGUGCUGUAGGUGAAACAAGUUUGGAAAUGCUUCAAUACCUGAUCAUUUGUGUGCUACUUUUUGCCCUGUACUACUGGUACAGAGAUGGUAAGCGCAUAAAGAAUGUAUUUGACAGAUACGUGUACAUCACUGGCUGUGACUCUGGCUUUGGCAAUCUGCUGGCUAAGCACCUGGAUCAACAAGGAUUCAAUGUUCUAGCUGCUUGCUUUACUGAGAAAGGGGCCGAAGAACUGAAAGACUGCACAUCAUCAAGACUCAAAACUUUCCAGCUUGACGUUGUUAACUCUGAAAGCAUCAACAAAGCUGCAGAGUUUGUAAAAUCAGAGGUUAAAGAGAAAGGACUGUGGGGGCUGGUUAACAAUGCUGGAAUCUCUGUACCCAGUGCAUCAAAUGACUGGCUAACAAUAGACGAUCACAAAGUAAUGCUGAACGUCAACCUGAUUGGACUCAUUGAAGUUACACUGAGCAUGCUUCCGCUGAUAAAGAGGGCACAAGGAAGAAUAGUCAAUGUAGCAAGUGUAUUUGGCAGGAUCAGUUGUAUGGGUGGAUCUUACACCAUCUCCAAAUUUGCUGUUGAAGCCUUCAACGACAGUCUCAGGAGGGACUUGUAUCAUUUUGGAGUAAAAGUUCUUUGUAUUGAACCAGGCUUCUUCAAAACAAAUGUCACCAAUUUUGACAUAAUUACAGGGAACAUAAAAAAACUUUGGCUCAAGUUACCACAGGAUGUAAAGGACGACUAUGGAGCUGAUUACUUAGAAAGAUUAUUUCCACAAUUAAGGGAAAGGGUUAAGCAGCUUGCAGACCCAGAUUUGAUGAAAGUGGUGUGGUGUAUGAAUCAUGCGCUAACAUCAGUUCACCCUCGGACUCGCUACUCUGCUGGACUAGAUUCAAAACUUUUCUGGAUUCCUCUCUCCUACAUGCCAACUGUCAUCUCUGAUUUUGUACUCAGUAGAAACAGAGUUAAGCCAGCAAAAAGUGUUUUCUAAGAUGCAUUUGAGAAGCUUUGUUAUACUGAAAGGAAAUUGUUGUUUGUGAAAUAUAUCAAUAUCCAAGAAAAUUCUGUUUCGCACACAGUAAGAAAUACCAUUGGCCAAACUCUACAUUUCUGCUGAUUUUAUUCCAUAAGCAAAUGCUGUACAAAUACUUAGAAUUCUCCUGAUAAUGAGGAUUUCAGCAUUUGUGUUGAACUUGAGAAAAAUAGUGAGAAUUAAUGCCAAGGAAUGUGAGUGCUUCCAUAAUGGCACUGUUGAAACAGUUAAUCCAAUUCCAAUUCGUAACCAGAAGCAAAAAUGCCGAGCUUUCCAAGGGAGAAUGAAGAAUUAUGUUCUGAUGACUAUGAUCAUGGCUAUCCUUUAUGUUGUCAUUAUGUCCCUUGUUGUAUUAUGGCCAAAACAACAUGACUAGAAGUUGGCAAUAACCCUAAAGACCUCAUUCUUAUUUGAGUUACUUUACUACAGGUAAUUAUGGCCAAUAAAUUUAGCAGUCUUAAAGUCAGUCUGACAUUUCUUGGAGUAAUUUAGAAGUACAUUAUGUAUUUGACAUGGGCUUGGCAAAGAUAUUUGUCACUAAAUAUGAAAAUCUUUGGCACAAAGUGUAACUCUGAAUGGCCUGUGACAAAAAUAUGAAAAGAGUUAAAGAGGUGUAUCACCAAAAAUAGUUGAAAUGAAAUUAAUCAUUUGAAAUGAAUCAAAGGUACAAGAGAUGAGUUUUGACACAAACAAGUAGAAUGAUCAGAACAAGCAAAGAGUGAGAGCAGUUCAGAAAGAUCAGAGCAAUUAGAAUCAUAAAAUUAUAGAAAGUUCACAACACAAAAAGAGGGCACUUGGUCCAUCGUGUCUGCGCCAGCCAUGAAACAAGUCACCCAACCGAAUCCCACUUUCCAGCACUUGGUCCAUAGCCCUACAGGAUAAGGCACUUAAAGUGCAUAUCCAGACACCUCUUAAAUUAGUUGAGGGCUUCUGCCUCUACCACCCUUUCAACUGUGAAUUCCUGGUUGAAUUCAAGUCGAAGGAUUAAAAUAUAUGGAAAGGAAGUCAGAGAAAUGUAAUAAUUUUAUUAGCUGGAGGCCAGACUGAGAUUCAUCAAGUCAAUGUCUUGGAUAUUAAUCCAAUCAUCCCAGAAGGAGAUCUUUAGGGUUGAAUUACAAGGCCUUGUAAGCACCUGAAAAUGUUGCUAAAUCUACAAGUUUAUCAGGCUUGGCCUGAAUAGCCAAGUGGUUAUGGUACUGGGUUUAUAACCCCAAGAUCAAGAGUUCAAAUCUCACAAUGGCAAACUAUGAAACAAUGUAACUUCAUCUGAAACAGAUGGAAACAAGUUUGUACUCGAAAGAGUUACAAGCUUAUCGGCUGUAAAUAGAAUAACCUGUGCCCUUAAUAUCUUUGAUUCAAGGCUGUUAACUUGUCAACUAAACUCAGCUAACCUUGCUUAAUUAAUAAGCACAAAGUGCUGUAGAUACUGAAAUAAAAAGAGAAAAUGUUGGAAAUAAGGAUGCGAUUGCACUAGAGAGAUGUAGAGAUUUACC